UGAAGAGAUACAACAUAUAAAAAAUUCUACAGUUCCAGAAAACACAAGAAAGACGAUUGAUAACUGGGUUCGAAUAUUAAAUAAUUGGCGCGAGAAUGUUGGUUAUAAUUAUUCAAUUGAAACUAUUCAAAAUAAACCACAACUUGAACAAGAAAUGAUCGAGUUUGUGUGUGGUAUACGAAAAUUAAAAGAUGGGGAGAAAUAUGCACCUUCAUCAUUACACAAUGCUAUUAAUUGUCUUGCGAUGUAUCUUUUAGAUAAUUCUUUAAAUAUUAAUAAAUAUAACUUGGCCAGAAAAGUUGCCCAGCAUCAUGAUCCAUUAACUACUACAGAAAUUCAAACAAUAUUUGCACAUGAAGCAACAUCUAUCUCUUACCCACAGGGUUUGCAGUAUCGUAUAUUUAUGUGGUGCUGUUUGUUGUUUGCUUCCCAGGGCGGUGAGCAUGGUGAAAUGCAUGUAUCUCAAUUUGUUUUUACUUCAAAUGAUUCAUUAACUAUCUCAGUGCCACCUGAUCCUGAAGGUUUACUUGGUCCUAUUCAUAAUAUAAAAUUAUAUAUUGAACAUCGGCCAACUAAUUUUACUUGUGAUUACUUAUAUUUAAAAAUUAACAAGCAUUCAAAAG